GAGGGGGAUCGGGAAGUAAAAGCUGGGGUUUGCCGCACGGUGUCCAGCACAGAGAUCGCCGAGGCACUGCAGCAGCUCGUCUGACGCUACGCCGCUUGCUAUCAGCUAUGGAGAUUAGGCAGGACUGUAACUCAUUACGCAUAGACUUGAUGCUGAUCGUCCAGUCACAGGAAAAGCAGGUGGCAGAGGACAAGCAGGAGGACGCCACUCCAGAGACUGCAGCUGUGACACCAUCUCUGCAGAAGCCUCUGUCUGGUAGACACAUCAUCAGUAGCUAUGAGAGCCAAGGAAGUCAUGUGCGUGUAGAAAUUCAUCCCAAAAACAGCAAGCCCCAACUAUUCAACAGACCUCCAACCCCAAAAGAUGUACCUGUUCCCACCAGGAAUGGCAGCACUUGGGAGCAGAUGCCACAGCCCAGUGCUAAAGACUUUCAUGCUUAUCCCUGGGAUAAAUCCAGCCUCAAAUCUAUGCCUGUCAACUUGAAGAACCUUGAAAAGCUAGAUGCUUAUGCUGUGCAGGUGGGCAAGCCAAGCACAGUAGAACAACUGGUGAGAUCUCUGCUAAAGUUUGCACGAACAGACCUGGAGAAAGUCAGGGUCAUCUGGAUGUGGGUCUGUCACCACAUAGAAUAUGAUUUAGAAGGUCUGGAAGACAAGUCCAAAUGGACUAGUGAUCCCUCCCAGAUCCUACAGACUGGAAAGGGAGCAUGUGAAGGAUAUGCAGGGCUGUUUGAAAAUAUGUGCAGGCUUGCAGGAAUACAGUGUGUAAAAAUUGGUGGCUACUCAAAGGGCUUCUGUUACAUUUUGGGUCAGACAUUUUCUGAAGAGACGAAUCAUGCUUGGAACGCGGUGUAUCUAAACAAGAAGUGGCACCUCCUAGACACCACAUGGGGAGCAGGAAUAGCAGACAGCAGCAGUAAUAAAUUUAACUUUCGGUACAAUGAAUUUUACUUUUUGACUCACCCUGCAUUAUUCAUAGAGGAACAUUUCCCUGAUAAUCAGAACUGGCAACUCCUACAAGUGCCGCUGUCACUCAAACAGUUUGAGGGAAACUUGUGUCGGAAGAGCAGCUUCUACAAUGCUGGCCUGAUAGCAUCCUUCCCCGAGAUCCUCCAGGUUGAAACAGUUAAUGGAAAGGCUACCUUUUCUAUUGAAGGGCGUUCCCCAGCACUCUUCUCUUUCACGCUCAAUAAAACAGAAAAGCCCGGACUGAUGACAUUAAGUAAAACCGGGAUGCAGCUGGAAUUAUAUCCACAAGUGACUGGAAGACACAAGCUGGCGAUAUAUACAAAAGCAUAUGACAGUACUAAAGAAUCAUAUGAUAAUGUUGUUGAGUAUAUUGUGUAUUGCACAUCUGUAGAUCUUGUAUUUAUGAUCCCUAAGGAGCUGGAUGUUAUAGUCGGUCCUAGUUGGCUGACUGACAAGAAGGGCUUUCUGCAGCUCACAUGCCGGGACCCAGUGAUUAACACUCAUGAUGGUCGUUGUACUCUUGGUUUAACUCUAGCCAAGAGAAACAUCGUUCUAGCUAUAUUACAUGGCGAUCACAUCAAAUCUGGAGAUGAGAGGAGAUAUGUUCUGCAAACCCAGCGAGGAAACAGAGUGGAAUUUAAAGUUCACCUUCCCCAGUCAGGUUACUAUGCUCUAAAAAUACACAGUUCCACCGGCCCAGGCAAGUAUGAGUGUUUUUGUAAUUAUCUAAUCAUAUGUACAGAUCCUAAAGUGACAUGGCCACCUUUCCCCAAAAAAUUGCAGAACCCUGUUGGGCCAACUGCGUUAAUGGAGAAAAAAGGUAUUCUGCAACCCUCUUGUAAUGAUCCUAUUAUUUACACACCCACUGGACGGAUUUCUCUCUCAUUUACUUUGAAGGAUGAUAUAAAAGUAUUGCCAGCCCUUCAGUGUGAUGAUGUGACACUCAAUGACUGUGGAGAAAAGCGUUAUGUGACACAAGUUCAAAGAGGCCAUCAUAUAGAACUGCAGGUUCGUUUGCCUAAGACGGGCUCGUAUGUUCUCCAGAUCUUUGCAGAUAGCAAAACCUCUCCAACUAACUUUGAGUAUAUCUGCAAUUAUUUAAUUUGCUGUUCAGGCAUAGAGACUUCAGACCCAGGGGCCCCUGCUAUUCCACAGAUACCAGUGGGGUCCAGCAACUCAGCAGGUAGAAAAAGUUUUAUCCAGCCAUCGCAGCUAGGACAAGUGAUCAAUAGCACAGAUGGACGCUGUUCUUUAAGUUUCUCCCUAGACAGAGAUAUGAACUGCCUGGCUACAUUACAUUCUGAUGAUAACAAGUGGAAUAGCCAGAUGGAAAGACGGUACAUUCUGCAAAUACAGAAGCAGCACCAGGCAGAAUUCUACAUACAGCUUCCAAGACCCGGCUCUUAUGACCUCAGGAUUUAUGCAGAUAGUACAUUUCAAACUGGAAGCUAUGAGCUUGUUUGCAGUUAUUUUAUAUCGUGUUCCAAUUCAAAGGCAGCUUGGCCGCCCUUUCCCAACAUACUUCAGAACCCUGUUGGACCAACAUCUCUCUCAGGGAAAAAAGGCCUCUUGCAACCUUCCCAAACCGAGCCAAUCAUUCACACUACUGAUGGACGCUGCUCCAUCUCUUUCACACUAAAGAAGGAGAUGGGUAUAUUUGCCAGGCUGCAGUCAGAAGAUGUGUUGUUAACAGAAGAGGGAGAAAGGAGACACAUCCUUCAAGUCCAAAGACAGAACAGAGUAGAAUUUCAGGUACAACUGCCCCAGGCUGGGAUGUAUGUUCUGAAGAUAUACACAGAGUCGGAGCAGGGCAAUUUUAAAUUUGCAUGCAAUUAUCUGAUUACCUGUGUGAAUACUCAAGUGAAGUGGCCCUUGUUACCCCUUGAGCUAUGCAACCCUUCUGGACCCAGUUAUCUCUCAGAUAAAAAGGGUCUACUUCGCCCAUCCCACCUUGAGCCUGCCAUCUUUGCAGAUGAUGGACGCUGUUGUGUCAGUUUUGCUGUAGAUGAAACAACUGAUAUUGUGGCUACCUUACAUUCUGAUGACAUCACGACAGAGGAAGCAAGGAGGAGAUAUGUUUUUCAACUGGAGAAGGAAGGUCGAGUAGAAUUUCACAUCCAGCUCCCUAAAGCUGGUAACUAUGUUCUUAAGCUGUGCAGUAAGAUGAAGACAGACCUCAGCAAUGUUUACGAUUAUGCCUGUAAUUACCUCCUAUGUUGCUCCAACACAAAAAUAAGGUGGCCAUAUUUCCCCAUGAGAUAUAAUAGCUGGAAUUCAGGUUAUGAACUGCUAGAGCCCAAGACUGGUGUUCUGCCAGCCAACACUGAAGUACGAUUCAGAAUUAAGGCCAGGGGGUUGGCAGCGGUGUCCGUCAAGGGCAAGAACUUUUGGCCUCUGACCUUAGGCCAUGAUGAAUGCUGGGAAGGGGUUUGCAGCACCGCUGGAACCAAGGACAUACAGGUUCUGGUGACAAACAAUCUGAACAAGAAUUAUGCUUUGGUGCUUAGUUAUCAGGUGAAAGGCAUAGGUCAUCAGAGACUGAUCGAAAGCUCAAAUUCCUCCUAGCUUUCUAAGUCACAAACUCCCUUCCAAGGCAACAGCUCCCUUACAAUAUGAAUCAUCUUGACAAGUACACUUGUCAGAGGUGCUAAAACAUGAUAUGAUGAUCCGCUACACUGAAGUCUUGUGUGAUAUAUUCCUAUUCUAAAUCAAGUUUUAAACUAUCGCUUAGAGUUUGGCUGAUGGACUUAAAGUGGCCAUUAAAUACUCUGUAGAGGUGCUACUUCAAAGAGGAACCUAGCAAUAAUUCUCUCUCUCUACAGAUACAGAGUUUGUAUAUAUUAUAAUGUAUAUGUUG